AUGAACUACCUGGCACGUUGCACGCAGCGUUUAGCAAGGAGCCUCCCCGGCUCGGCAGUCUCCGGAAGCCUUCCUUUGCAGGGCACCUCUACGGUUGGCUCCGCCCCGAGCUUCUUCCAGAGCCUGGGACCCGCGGCUGGCGGCCAGCUGCCUCAGAGCAGCGCCAACUUCCAGCUGAGGAGUGCCAGGGCCUGGUUCGGAUUUCCGCCGAAGCUUUCCACGACUCGCUACACUGGAAUCCAUUGUCAUCCAGGUCGACCGUGGGGCUACCCGAAUCCGACGAAGCGGCAGGGAAAGGUCCGCCGACUUCCCAACGUCCAGCUGAAGCGAUGUGACUUCCGCAUUUCGACCUCCAACGACGGGCAGUUCUACUUGCGGCCACCCUUUCCACCACGCAUCAAUCGCACCCUCGACGUCGAGGCUCCGGGCAAGGCGAAGAAGAAUCCAUGGCCCACACAGGUGCACAAGGAUUACAAGCUCAAGUGGAAGAAUAUCGAGUAUGUCUACGUGCCACAGUUGAUGCGGAAACCUUUCGGUGGCCCCCACCAGCGUUGGGCCGGACCAGUAACCCGGGUUGAGCACCUCCAGAAUGGCAAGACAAAGUCCGAACUUGUGACGCACGAUGACGAGAUUCUUCAUGAUGCCGAUUAUGUGCAGCACGAGAUCGACAAAGUUCGCGCAGAGAAGUCCAAGACCGUCGAUGACCGCAACAAGAUGGAGGAAAUCGCGCAGGCCACGGCAGAUCGGCUCCGUGCGGACAUUCGUGAUGCCUUGACAAUGAAGGCCGACUUGGAGACUCAGAUCUACAAGACGAAGAGGCGACAGCAAGAGCAGGAGGAGGAGAACGCCCGGCUCAGGACAAUGUCUACGCAGCGUUCGAUGUUUACGGUGUAG